GUAACGUCACUUGAGUGGGUUUAUGACAGCCUGUAUCAUGAUCUUCGUGCACUAGAUCAGAAUGACUUCGCAAGAUGUUCUUCUUACGAAAUUUCCAACAAAUUACCUAUAAAAAGGUAAUAAACUUUACUUCGAAAAUUGGUAGCUCCAAAUGUGCUUCAUCAGGGAGGUGACUAUGUAUUCUGGAUAUAUAAUCUGUAUUAGAAGCUUGAUAUUUGUUCGAUACGUAGAAGCCGGGAGGUGAGCUGAAAUCCAGCGAUGUAUAUGUAUAUCCGUGGCCGAGGCUCCGCCUGUGCCCUGGGUCUGCAACUGCCCUGCUCCCGUAGCUCUUCGGGCAUCAGUGAUGGGCAAGGUGGAUGUGAAAGAUGGAAGAUUUUUGGAAAGAUUUCUCUUCGAGAUGGAAGUGUGCCUCAAGUGGAUAUGGAACGUACCACUGUUAGGAAUGGGAGGAAGGUGAAGGAUGUCGUAGAAGCUUCAAUCACGGGUCUAGAGUCUGCUGUCUGGUUCAAGGCCUUGUUGAUUGAUACAGUGUGCUUAAAUCUUGAGACAAAAUGCAUCCAAUGGACCAACUGUAAUAUCACAGAGUGUAAAGAGAGGAGACAGAGUCAUACACCUUAUCACCCAUGUAAACAUUCUCAUGAAUGGUAUUUGGAACAACAGAAGGACAACAUGACUGCCGGGAGAGACCUUGAGAAAGGUCUAGAGAUAGCCAGGAGUAUCCUCAACGGAAGCAACGAUAACGAGCAUCAGAAUGUGCUGCUUCUGCUUCAUGUCUACAUACUACCUAUCAUCAGACUUCAUGCCAGUGAUAGGAAACAUGUCAGUUCAGCCUUGGUGGACCAGAUUCAAGUUCUUUCAGACCUGGAUAUUGCUAUAGACAAGAUGACAAAUGAAAGACAUGACAUCAAAAAGACUAUGAAGGACUGGAGACAAGAUAUCUGCAGUGAGCUGAAAGAUGAAAAGGCCAUAGCAAACUGCAAUGUACAAUUCUUGAAGCUUUUGACCCAACAUCUUCAUGACGAUCUCAGGAAUGCUUAUGUAGAGUUGGAUAGUUGUCAGGAGACAGUAGACCAAUGCAAGGGAAGUCUUACCAAGAAGAGAGGGAGUCAAUAUAUCAGUGAUCUUGUGGAAGCUCGUAAAUCUCGAGACAGGGUGGCAGACUACAUCAACAAGUCACUGUUUGUAAUGGAGGAAGUGAAUCUGAUUCUCAGUAUUAAAACUAUACCAGCGAGUAAUGAGUUAUCCGACCAGCAUCGAGCAUACAUCCGUAUCCAAGAUGAAUGCAAGAGACACAGCAAAGAGCUCCAUGAUCUACAGAGAAAAAAGCUCUUAGCAACAAGUGUGCGAGAAGCCCUGGUGUCAACCGAGAGUGAAUUGAAGCAGGGAAGAGAGACAACAGGAAUAGAUAUCUCAUCAGAUGGUCUUAUACGAUCGACAGAUGUUCUUGGACCAAGCAAGCUCCCAGAGGCUUGGCAGACACUCCCUAGUAAAGUCUCUGAGGCUUUGGAGAAGAACAAGACAUUGAAUGAUCUUCAUCAUGAUUUCAGUAAAGAAAUAGUGAAUCAGUGUCGUGAAGAGAUCAAAGGUCAACCAACCAUCAAGAGAUUCAGACAGAAACUUGAUGUCAGUAACUCAUGGAAGAAGCUAGCCAAGAAGCACAGUGGAGUUAGCAUCAAUCAUGAAAGUGAUAAGAUGAGGAGGAAUACACGACAUAGUCUCAUUGAGAAGAGACCAACGGCUCACUACCAAGCUGUUACUCAGAGACUCAAGACAGAUGUCAAUAUGCAUUUCCAAGAGGUAACAACAAGGUUAGCAAGUCAUCUGAAUCUACCAUUUUACUACAGCCGAGCUGAUCUUUGGACAUGCUAUGAGAGGGCCUUCUUUCCUGGCAAGAUCUCAGAGUUCCUGAAGAUCUAUGUGUAUGCCUAUCAGGCUGAGAUAGCAGAUCUUCAGAAGAUCCUGCCUACCUCCAACCUUCAAGACAUGCAACUAGACGACGAAUGGAUUCUCAACAUCCUCGGACUCUAUGCUCCUAUUUUCAACAUCCAUGAUGACAUUGAGAUCGGUGAGGAUGUCACAGAACAGGUCAUAGAACCUGAGAAGCAGUCUGAGAAGCAGGAUCAUAAUGACAGACUAACAGACAUUGCAUCAGUGUCAGGGUUGGGUGACUUUGUCAAACACAGACUUCAUAUAGACGAAGACAUUCGAGGGAGGUUAGAAUCGGGGGUGGAUGUUGAUCUCCCCGAGGAGAGAUUACGACGCCAUGCAAGCCCUCAUAGGCAAGGUGAAUCGAGGCAAUCAUGGCGUAACACACAGAUCAUAGACUGUAAGUGGGUGACGGUGCCGAUCAACAUUGAAAGUGCGCAGUCGGAACCUUGUAUCGUCCAGAAGCAGUUGAGGCAAAAGAGUGUGAAGCUCAGAGACCAUGAGAUAGCAGCAAGACAUGCCUCGCUACCUGAAAUCAAGCAAUUGAAACAUAUAGCCGUUGAACAGUACUCCCCGCAUAGCCUAUUCCUAAAUAAGGUAUUGGACAAACCACAUCCUCUGCUCAAGAAAGAGUCUAGCCACUUAGACGAUCACAUUGGUGAUGAUUCGGGUGUAUUCAAUGAUCACCAUGACGAUGACAGACACAGUCAGAAAGGUGAUCAUAAUUCCAAUCUCAAUAGAACAGAUAGCUCAAGGACUGCUAUGAGCGUGGAAUCCAAUGUAUCACAACCUCUCAGUGCAUCUGAUCUAUGUAGCUCCAACCCAUCAAUGGACGCAUCCACCUUCCCGCAGGUAGUAAUAUCCUCAGACGCUGCGUCAGACGUUGAGAAGAUGUCAAUCACAUCUAGCAGCCAUGAUCCUGUCAAUGACAUGGAUGUGAACAUCAUGAUCCAAGGAGUGGAUGGAGAGAUCAAACUAGACAGAGAGCUCUCAAGACGAUGCAGGGAGAAGCCAGCUAUCUCAGAGUUCUUGAAACGCUUCAGCCAGGCCUAUCACUACUUCAGAGUGGUCUUAGAGGAGAGUGUUCCAUGCUCCAAGCUUCAAUGGUUGCUUCGAUGUCUCAAGGAAGUCAACUCUGUGGCUGAGAAACAAGCAUCUCUUAUAUCAUGUGGUAAGCAGCGCAUGUUGAGUGGUGAUGACCUGCUUACAUCUCUGAUUCUCUUCCUGAUACAUGGUGACCCUGGAGAGGUCACGGCUUUCUACCCACAACUCCGAUUCUUAGAGGAUUUCCUUCCUGACUUCCUGGACAAAGGAGAGAUUGGAUUUGCCGUCAUACAGUUUGAAUCUGCAUACUCCUACAUUCUGAGAGUGGAGAGGAAAAAGAGAGAGAGUGCUCAGUAAACAUAACUCUCUAAUGAGUAGUGCCGUUUCCAAGCCUCUCUCAAUGAAAAGUUAUUCAACAUUGUAUCACAGCAGUUAAUCAUCAUACUCGGCAAAGCGCAGUGUAAAGGAAGAAGAGGAAAGCAGAGGAUUCGUUGGAUAUAAGGUUUGACCAAAGAAACAGACAAGUCCUUAAAGGCCCCCUGCACUACUUGUAGCUACUUGCGCCCUCUAUAUAACAAACAAUGCCUAAUCAGUGACCAUUGGUCCCCCAUGAUCCUCUCAGAUAAGCUUUAAGAGAGCUGUGCAAAGUUGCCUUUAAUAGGCAGAAUAGCCCGGAGAAAAUUUGUUGAUGGGGUUUCUCAUGAGUCAGGGACUUCCCUCUGUCAGUGGAUUCAAUUACAUAAUUGCAUACUUUCAGUGCACACAGUAAAAUGAGAACCUUAUGUAACUUAUGAAACUUUGCAAUUUGCAAUUACAAGAACUUUUUUGAAUUGCAAAUAUUGUGUUUCAGUAAUUUUCAGCAUGAAGCGCUUGAAAUUUAGACUAUUUAUAAACUUGACAUGUGGCUCCAUUCAUGAGUAAGUUUCUGUUUGUACAGUAGUCACUAUUUUACAGGUAUGAAAAAUUUAACUAGUCAUUUUAUCUUACUGGAUAAUCAUUUAUUUGGCGUGGUAUAGUGACAAAAUAUAUACAUGAUGGAUUGGUUAUGAGGAAAUCAUUUUAUGGCAAACUUUUCAACUAAAGGACUUCUACCAUAUUGAUCAUUUACAUUGAACAAUGGGCCCUGUUCACUUUCACUUUCAAUUUACUCUUUUUAUCAAUAGGCAAUUGAGGCAAAUAUUAUGAAGUCCCUCAACCACUGACCAUAAAAACAAGAUCGUAAAUCAUUGUAUUAUUACAGAAACGGUAGUGAAAUAUCAUUGUUAUAUUUUCUUUUUCAUUAUCUAUCAACUUCUGUAUGGUAAAAUUAGUGAGUUUACCAAGUUGUGUAUUGCUUUAUAAUGUUGAAUGCUGUUUGAACCUCCAUAAGUUUUAUACAGUGUGACCAACUGGUUCAUGUAGGCAGCGGGUAAAUUUUAGUUUUGAUUUUGAUUUUUGAUCAUUUGCAAUUAUAUGAACCAAAGAAUGCUCCUUCUAGGAUAUCAUCCCAGUGCCUUUAGAUGAAAUUGGUAGAACACAGUAUCACUUUUAAGUGCCACCUGAAGAAGGUUAUUGCAGUUGCAUUAUGAACUCCCAUUAUUGAUACAUUUGCUGCUUCUCAUAGCAAAAAAAGGGAAAUAUUUGACAUAAAUAGCUGCUACAUGUGCAUGAAUAUCUUGUGCAAUGUAGUUAGUAAUAUCAUAGUACAGUAUUUUGUAUGAAUAUAUUUUUGCAGUAUAUUUUAAUAUUUUAUUGAUAAAAAGUAAAUGUGUGCCUACCUGAAGUUCUAUAUUUGGGCUGUUUAGUGACCAUACUCAAGAAUAGGCACUAUGUUUGUACAUUUGGAAUAAUCCAUGGAAAAUUGGAAGUUGUAAAUUAUUUGUAUGGCAGGACUAAACUGAGAUGAUUACUAGUGGUCUAUCUAUAUUCAUGAAAGUGGUAUAACCAGGUUACAACCUGGGGUCCCAUUGCAUAAAACUAACCAUUGAUGGUAACAUUGCUAUCAUUAAUAAAUACCAUGGCGAUAUCACGCAACAGCCAAUCAAAUGAAGGCUUCCAUGGCAGUUACUAUAGAUGCCAAAGGUAUCAUCAAUGGUAUGAAUUGUGCAACAUGGUCCAGAUUGAGAUAAAAACUAAGUCAAUACUUUUGCCAGUCAUGAAUACAAAUUAUGAAUUAAACUUCGAACAAUAUCACAAACGAAAUGCCCAAAAUUAGUUUAUUCUAAGACUUUUGCUGUAUGCCUUUGGAAAUUAUGGUUCAGUGAGUUUUAUGGGCAUGGUGGUUAGUUCAUAUUCACUUGUGUGUGAUGCUAUGUAAAUUUCUUGUAAACUCUGAUAUGUACAUAUAGGUCUAAGUAGCAUGCACUCUAUUAGAAUACGAUUCUUGUACAAAUUGAGCUUACGUUUUGUAUGCCAUGUGCUCAGAGCUAUUUUUUGUAUAUACUUGAAAUCUGCAAAAUAUUUUUAUAUAAAACACCCCAUAUUUUAUGCAAUGAAAAAGAAAGGUUUGCAUGAUUUAGUGUCGUCUCAUUGAUAGCCUAUACACAGCUUGAAGUAUCUUUAUUUUGAUACAAAUAAUGUACAUCUCAUAUACCCAGUAUGUUAAGGAAUUUGCUACUUUUAAAAAUAAUGUGCCUUCAGUUAUAGAUAAACCGUACAGGUAAAAUGAACAUGUAAGGGUUUUAUGUGACAUUAACUGCUUUUAUCAUGCUCUUGUUUAAUACUAAUAUAGUAGUAGGUGAUGUUUGAACAACUCUUUGAAUCUGCUCUAAAUACUGAAUUGAUGUUUUCAAAUGUGUGGACUUUAAACUUGAAAGUUAUGAGGUGAGUUAAAGCACUUAGGUCCUAAUACAGAUUUGGUGAAGAGAAUCAUUUCAAGUUAUUGUAGACAUGAGGACAUUUCAUGAUGUGGCAAUUAAAAACAAAAAUCUUUCUUUUAAUGUCUUUCAAAGAAGCUGUAUUCUUACUCAACAUAUGAUAUACUUUUUAAUAAGAUUUAGAGCCGGUACUCUUUACCACAAUGUGGAAAUAUCUUGUAAUGGCUUUAGAUUGUUAUGAUAACUCUAGAGCAUACACAAGAACUCAAUUCAUUUGGUAAUGGACUUUUUAAAUUAUUGAUUGCAACAACUCACAAAGAUGUAUUUAAUAGAAGUGUCUUUAUCAUGAGAGAUUUAUGUAAACUGUUUGAUAUCUCAAGAUGAAAUGGUGAUAAUGAUAAUUUUUAAACUGUGUCAAAAAGGGAAAGCUGUAAAUACACUGGCUGAUUCAUCUGAUUUUGUUUUCUUUUGAGCAAUGUUUUUAGAUUACUUAGACAAAGUGGAAAAACAAUUAAUUCCAUGGACUUUCAAAAAUUGGCUAUGUUUACUGAUUGCUAAGCUUAGAAUCAGCAGAAAAUGGCUAAGGUUUUUGGUAUGUGAACUCCCUAUUAUUGCAUUACAAGAUAUUGUAUGCUGAAACUAUUUUAUGGAAUGCUGUAUGAACUACAUAGAGUAUGUUGCAGCAUAGAAAUCACGAGUUUCAUGAUAAAACCAAAGACAUUUUUACACUUCUUAUUGGCUACUCAGUAAUGGACAAGUAUCUGUCUUGUUAAAAUGUGAUAUCAACUCUUUCUACACAGAUCUGUAAAGAAACAUGUAUGAUUAAUCCAUUUCCUUAGGAGUUAUAUGUGUGUUUUCUGCAAUAAAAAAUGGUUAAAACUAUCUUUCAAGCCCUCAUGGCUUUCAGCGCACAAUCUUCACUGUUAUUCACUCUGUUUGCUACGUGAGAAUGUGUAGCUUGAAAGUCGCUUUAUAUUUUUAUCAUAUCAAAACAAUAUUUUUAGGUAUGCUUUUUUAAAUAAAAUGGAGUACUGCCAUGAAAAGCAGUGAGAUACAAAGAUUCAA